UUCUAGGGAAAUGUUCUCCACAAACUCUCUACAAAGCCAACUCCUUGUGGUCAUACAUCGAGAAAAUGAAUUUCGAUGAAUGUGGAAAGUUGAUCAAGAAUUUUUUGAUGGAACUACUUGAAGUGGAGCGAUUCGCGAGUCUUCAUCGACAACGUGGUGGGAAGAUUGAUGCGGAGAAUUUUAACAAUUGGUCCGGUCUCUACACAGGAUGCUCGUCAAUGCAAGAGCGACUGAUGACAGCCAAUGAACUGCCACAAUAUCAUGCCAUUCUGAUCAAGGCAGUUGGCCGAGCAGACACCCAAUACUUGACGAAUAAAUACGAGGAGACGAUCAGCGAUGUCAAUCUGUUCAACUAUUGGAGUGGUCGAUUUGAUGAGGUUAAACUGGCCGUGGAACAAUUGGGAUGUUUGAAGCAAGAUGGACAAUCUCCAUCAGAUGAUCCACAUCUUCACUUCGAUAUGUUCAUAAUGACCGCUCUUAUUGGCUUUAGUUGGGAUCUUUUUGAACAAAUGAGGACAAGACGUGGAGAGAAAAUCGAGAACAAGAGGGGACGAGCUUGGAAUCCAACUGAUUGUGAUCGCUGGAAACGGACAAACGAUGCGGCACAAUUGAUCAUGCAUCAACUCCACAAAACUCUCUUGUCGUGCUCGGAGAUCGACCGUUAUUUGGCUCAUUUGUUUGACGAAACUCUCCUCAAACUUCUCUAUCAACGAAUCGAUGAACUGACCAGUGACAUCUCCCAUUUCAUGCUAUGGACUGAUCGUUUCGAAAGCGUUCACCAAGCUAUACAUCGAAGUAAAACGGAAGCUUUAUCCGAUCUAUCUCGUACUUCCGAGCUGCGCUUUUUUCGUUCGCUAACCAGCUUCUCCGUGGUUUUCUUGGUUUGGAAAUUUUGCUUCUGGAAGAACAGCAUGACAUCGACGUUGGAUGUGCCAAAAGGGGUUGUAGAGGAUCCACAGCGAUAUGUUCUCAAGGAGGCUACCAGUAACAGAGAAAACUAUAUUUAUUGGAAUCGACGGUUUGCGACGGCUGGCAUGGCUAUGGAACGACUCGAAGAGAACAUGUGUCAGUACAGUGUUUCGCCGGUGUCUGCUCUCUUCUUUACAAUCAUCAUCUGCUGGGAGCUCAGAGAUGAAGUGGGCGAGAUCAAGCCAUCGACAACAACGAGUUCAGCUGAUGAAGAAGAAGUCAAGAAGAAACCAAUCACGAAACCGCCACAAAAGGAUCGACAAAAAUUACGCUUCACCCCGUGGACCCCCGCGCCUCUUCCCGAAGCCCCAUCACCUCCACCCGCCCAAUCAACCCCACAACCAGAGUUCACCCAGAAGCGAUGUGUCACUUGUGGAAAAGAGUUCACUUAUGAACUCGAGAAUUCUUUUGUCCCCAAAUUCUUCGCUCAUGAGCAAUGUUUUGUCAAGGCUCUCAAAGAACAAAUCCCGAGUCUGGAUGGAAGAAAAAGAAAGGAUUGGAAGAAGGCGUUGUGUGUGGAAGAUGGAUGUAAGGGACAUCUUCUCUUCUGUGAUAAAGUCAUCAAAGGAGUCCCACAUGGAAAUCCGAUCCUCUACGAUGAC